UUUUGAUAGUAUUUCAUGUGCUAAAACCUGGACGAUGGACGCCAGGGGCCGUUUCUACGCCCUCUCUCCCUUCGCCCUGUAUUUUACCAGGGUCUUCCUCAGCUCACGCGCCACCACGAGGAAGACCCUGGGGAUGAGGUUGGAUUUGGAAAAUUCAAAAAGUUCAAUUUUGUAGUUUUGCUUUUCACAAAAAUGGUUAGUAUAUUGCAAAAAUUGUGUUGUUUUUGUACUGAAAAUUUAUAGCUUGAAGGUUAAGGCUGUGUCAGUUAUGUUAAAAGUUUUUAAUGUUGGAUUUCUAUGGUGUUUUUAGUAGAAUUAGGUGUAGAAAUCUGUGUAAUUUGUCGGGGGUCACAUGGUAUGUUGAGUCAUUUUAGACGGCGAUAGUCUGAUAGACGGUAUUAUUUAAUAGAGCACACGCUCUAAAAUCAUCUGCUGUUACAGGCCAUGUCUGUAUUUAAAUUGCCACUCAAAAUGUCAAAUUGAUGUUUAUCAAACCCCACCAACCCAGCAUUUACUAUGUCAAAACCCACCAAUACACCCUUCUGGAAACUGCAUCACUUUGGCUAAUAGAGCCUCGUUUUUGAGUAUGUGACAUUAGUCAAAGCCUAACGUCUCAAUCAAGAAAACAAGCCUCGAUAGGCAUCACUGUUCAAUAAUUUUAGUUGUCAUUGUAUUUGAUUUUAGUUUCGAAACCAAUAUGAUAACGAUGUCAGCAUUUGGAGUCCACAGGUUUGUACAAAAUAUUAAAAUGGACCAUUCAUACCUCCCCCAUGAAAGAAAGUGGAAAUUAUAACCACCUUUAAUACACUUAUUAUUAGAAACAAAUUUUUCUUCCCUCCCCCUCGAUUGGGGAAAUGUGGAUCUUUUUUGGAAUGACCCAAUAAUACAAUUUUCCUCUCUUUACAUUUUCAACAUUACUGUAUUUUUGAUACAUUUGAUUGCUACAGGGACGAAUUCAUCAAAUUGAGUAUGCCAUGGAAGCCGUGAAACAAGGUUCAGCCACAAUAGGCAUAAAGUCGUCAACUCAUGUUGUGUUAGUGGCUUUGAAAGUAUGUGAUGUAUAAAUACUUUUAUUAUAUAAACUGUAGUGCUUUAUAGAGAUUUCGAGCAAUUUCACAUAUGAAAAUUAUCGCUUUUCUGUAAAAAUUAUCGCUUUUCAAAGACUGUCCUUUAUAUGUAUAAUAAACAGAAAAAUACAUGGAUGCUUGGAAAUACCAGAUUUAUUUCUCAUGUUAUAAAUCUGGUAUUUCCGUUCAGCCAUGUAUUAUCCUCUAUUUAAAAGCCAAUUUACUGUACACUACACAAUUUUUAUCUAAAACUGUUGCAACAACCUGCUUACAACUUGAGUUGUACUGUGUAAAUCAAGCACACAACUCACAUACAGCAAAAUAGCAAAUUGUGUGCUUGAUUUACACAGUACAACGCAAGUUGUAGGCAGGUUGCAUGUGACAGUUUUAGAUAAAAGUUGUGUAGUGUAAAUUGGCCUUGAUAGAGUCAGUGAAAAUUUAAGUAAAAUUGCCUAAUUAUUUAGCGAGCUGCAUCAGAGUUGUCAGCACAUCAAAAGAAAAUUAUUCCAAUAGACGAUCACAUUGGUGUAUCUAUAGCUGGUCUAACUGCAGAUGCCAGAUUACUGAGGUUGGUUGAAUUUUUUUGUAUUAAUGUAUCAAGUGUUUGAAAUGUUAUAGUCCUAACAGUAUGAUAUAUGUAUUGCUAAUCGUGUUUUUCAGUAAGUUCAUGAGAUCAGAAUGUUUGAAUUCUAAGUAUGCUUAUGACACGCCGUUGCCUGUUGCAAGAUUAGUUGGAUCUAUCAGCGACAGUAUCCUUUUAUUUUUGAUGUAUUGUAGUUCAAGAAAUUUAAUGUAAUCAUACUUCAAUGUAGUGUAAUUAAUUAGUAAUUAGUGAGCAGAAUAAAUGAGUAAUCUGCCCUACUUUGUUAUGUUACUCUGACUGUUUAAUUCCAGAUGUUUUUACUCAUCAAGAUUAGAGCACUGGUACUCGAUAGGUUAAAUGAACACAUAUCACUCCUUGAUUCUAAAACAGAAAUGCAAACACAAACACAAGUUUACAGUCGACGUCCUUAUGGAGUUGGGCUUCUAAUUGCUGGAUAUGAUGUAAGUAAUUUGUGGUGUCUGGUUUGUAUGACAGUCCAUAAGUGGCAGAAUUCAGUGACAUUGGACAAAUUAAUAUUUUCAAAUUAAACUAACUAUAACUAUUUAAUGUUAACCAGUUUGAAAUCCUCACAGGAUGCUGGACCACAUUUAUACCAGACUUGUCCGUCAGCAAAUUUUUUUGAUUGCAAAUGCAUGGCAAUUGGGGCUAGAUCACAGGUAAAAGAAUAUGAUGUUAUAAUAUCUUGAUAUAUCUUGUUUGAAAAGCAGUCAGUGUGGUUCAUCUGUCAUUGAGUUUAUGAACAGUAAAUAUAUUUAUUUAGUUCUGUGUUGUAUGAUUUUUUUUUCCUUAAAAAUGUGUCUUCUUCCCUUCUAGUCUGCAAGGACAUAUUUAGAAAAAAUGUUGGAUGAAUUUCCUAAUUGUAAGUUCAUGGUCUGGAACAGUUGUGUUUAGGGCCACUGAGAGGUUAAGGGAGGCCUGGGGCAAAACUUUCUAAGAAGGCCCCUAUGAUGUUAGAAUUAUAAAAAGGAGAAGCGGUGAUUCACAAUUUAUUACACUUUAUUGCAUAUUAACCCACACUAACACUUGUUAGUUAAAUUAAGCACUCUUUUAUCAAAAAAGGGCCUUUGUUGCUUUGGUAGCCCCUUUUGAGCUGGGCCCCAAGGCAAAGCCCUCCACACACACACACUCUUGGCAGCCCUGGUUGUGAUAACAUGUUAUGCAACAAACUGUUCUUUAUUCUAAUAAUUGUACAUUCAUUUGCAAAGGUACACCAGAAGAACUAAUAAAACAUGGUUUAACAGCGCUAAGAGAAACUUUACCUAAUGAACAAGAACUUACAACGAAGGUAAAUUGCACUAUAUUAUUUCAAAGCUUGUUCUUUGUAUAUACAGUAAAAUUAAUAUUUUUAAAGCUAGCUAUAUACAGUAUUAAUGAAAAAUUUAAUUUUUCUUUCAGAAUUCAUCAGUGUGUCUGGUUGGAAAAGAUCAUACUUUGCAAAUAUUUAAUGAUGAUGCCGUCGCACCUUAUGUAUCCUUGAGAUAAUUAUGAGUCGUUUACACUGUCACAAUCGUAAGCCCUGCUCUCAAAUGGUAAUCGUAAUGUUCAAAAAUAUUUACAAUGAUUUAUGAUUAAAAGAUUUCCAAUGAAGAGACAGCAUGCUCUUGAAGGAAGUUUUUACAGAGAGUGCAAUAUUGUUUGUAGUCCAAACAGUUUCUUAUCUCAGCUGGCAAAGAAUUGAAUAUCUUCUCAUCCUUGUUUGACCAUGGCUGUACAGUAAAACACACUUAUUUCUACCUAAAAUUUGAGAUGGGAAUCAAAUUUGAGGUAGAAAUAUGUGUGUUUUACUGUACAGCCACAGUCAAACGAGGAUUUCUACCUCAAAUUUGAUUCCCAGCUCAAAACUCAACUGUAUAGUUUUGUUAACGAGCACAAGAACUUUUUGUUAACGGCAAGUGUAUUUUUCUUGACUGUACACAACAGCUUGCAUUACUAGACAAUCUUAAAGGCGGCAGAGCUGGCAAGGCCGAGGUAAGAAUGGUCUUAGAACUAUUUUGGUUAACCCAUUCAAUGCUUUUGCUUUGAUGAGUAAAAUUGUCUAGCAUUUGGCAGAAUAAUAAAGUGAGGGUGUAUUGGGAUGCAAUGCAACUUAAUGGGUUAGUAUUAAGUUCUUUUAUUCAUGUUUAGGCCAAAACUGAAGGGGAGGGUGGUGAGGCAUCAAUGGAAGACACGGUAAGUAAAAGUUUAUCAUUAAGUAGUGUAUAGUUCGAUUUGUGCACAGAAGCCCUGGUCAAACGAGGUUGAGAGUUGAUGAGAGAUUAGAUUAACAAAAUGUAUAGACUGUAUGUAUAUCCUCACUUGGAUUAUCAAUCUACUUCAAUAUUCAUUUCAACCAAGUGAAGUGCAGAGAAAAAUCUUUCAAGUUAACAAAAAAUACUGUUCCAACUGCAUGUGUUCUUAUUAAAUAGAAUACAUGAUAGUGGUCAUCAUCUGCCUAUACUAUCCAGGCUCGUGAUUGGUUGAUUAUAACAACGAAACACAAUAGAACUAUAGAAAUCGUCUUUCUAAAGAACGAGUCACAAACAAUGAUCCUUUUUGUUUCUGAAAGCCAGUCACAAAACAUGAUCAUUUUAGGUAGGUCUCUUUACCCCAUGAUCAUGUUGGGAAAGCAUUAAGAACAGCUAAGCAAGGUCACAUGACUGCCAACCCUCAUCAUGCACUCUGAGUCUCAUCCUCGGCUUUAUACACUGACUGCUUUCGCUGUGUGGUCCAACGUCAGAGUAAAAGUGGUAUCAAGAUUGAAUCCUUCCUUUGCUUUGAGAAACAUGGUGUACGUGUGUCUGGCCAAAACAUUGUUAAGUACUGUGUUCAAAUCUUUUUGAAAUAUUAUUUUCCAUAGGCUGGUGAAACUGGUGAAACUGGUGAAGCUGGUGAAGGCGAUGACAAAACAAUGGACACAGCUUAGUUUAUAAUUUUUCAGUUUUUAAACUUUCCAACUUUGAAUUGUAUCACAGAUUGGGAAUACUUAAUCAGUGAUUGUAUUCAGGACGUUCUUUACAGUCACAACAGAAUCUACAUAGUAGUUGAAAAAAUGCAAAAAUAAUGCACUUCGAAUUUACUCGUUUUUUUAUAGUAAAGUAAAUCCUUAUCCAAAAAAGUAAAUGUGAAACUUUACUAAAAAAAUGAGUAAACUUUGGAAACUUGCUUCUCUAUAUCCUAUUCUCUAAUAUGAACAAUGCCAGCGCAUUGAUUUUAUGCAAGCAGAAAAUAGUGAUUACAUUAUCAAUAUCUUUCAAAAAGUACCAGACUAACUGUGUGUUAAAGUAUAUGUGAAAUAAAUAGUUGAGAAAACACAAGAGUUGAUUGCAGUAGUCUAUUUACUAGAUAUACCAGGAAACUGCCCAUUUACUGUUCGGAAGUACUCCGGAUUUUUGAAACACUAAAUCGAAC